ACUGACAUUUUGGGAUACAUUUACAAAAUGGCGUCAUCAGAAAAACGACCAAGGAAGGGGAUUCUCAAAACCUCGACAAGCUUCGAUCAAGUUGAACAUAAUGCAAAAGGGAAGGAAAUGAAAUGGGAUGAGAUGAACAUACUAGCCACACACCAUCCACCUGACAAGGACUAUGGUCACAUGAAAAUAGACGAACCGCCCACUCCAUAUAACAAAUACUCCGAGGGUGAGGAUGAAGAGGAGGGGGAAACUCUGGAAAGAAGAGGCAGUUUUGGCAACAGCAGCAAAUCUGAUGUUGACCCAACAACGUUGACAGACAGACUGGAGGGUUUGGAUCACAAGAGGGUGAGGAAGGUGUCUACAGAGGAGGAGGAGUCCAGUGAGGAUGAUGAGGACCUCACACCAGAGCAGCUUGCUCACAAGAAACAGUUUCAACAGAAAAGAAAGAUGCACUAUAACGAAUUCCAGGCAGUUCUGCUGGCUAAGCAACUCUUGGAUGAGGAAGAUGACGAUGAUGCUGAUGACGAAGCAAACACCAAUGAGGCCAAUGAUGAGGAUUUGGAGGAGAACAAUGGUAAUGCGACGGACAGUGUUCAAAUGGUCACAGAGGAAAGCGGGAUUUCACUGGAGAGCAAUUCAGGUGACCAGCAGUCUGAAAGUCCUAGACGAAGUCAGGGAGCCAAGCGCAGUAAUAUUACAACCAUGGAUGACACUGGACAUUUAGAGACUCAAAUAAAUUAAUUGUAUUAGCCUACUUAAACCUGCAUGUUCAUGUAUAGAGUUUAGGGUGGUUCCUUUAGCAAAGGCCUAGUUAAAUAUGUGGUUUUUAGUGUAAAAAAAUCUUAUUUUGUACCGGUUGCGUACAGGCAAAGAUUAUAGAUUCUAAUCUCUUCCACUAAAUGUUGAAAUUUACUCAGCUUAUUUAUUAAAAUGAAGAUUAAUGCAGCUUAAAGAAAACAACGCAUUGAAUCAGAAGGCAAAGAUAUGGGUAUGUGCGUAAAUUUUCAACAAAUACUUUUGUAAGAAUUGUUUUAUCAUCAUGACAAAAAAUAGCUUUACUGUUUACAGCCUCUGAAGAAUGAAAAAUGACUAUAUUGAAGAAAUGUAUGGGAACAUGUAAUACUGUAUUUGCUCAGGCUAGAAGCUCAUUAAAAAUUGUGUAUUUACCAAUGAACAUACACACAUAUAUAAGAUAUUGUUAAUCUACGUAUAUAAUGACUGUUAAAUAUCUGGCAAAACAUAUAACACAUACUUUUUUCUACUGAACAAUAUUCAAAACAUGUCUUACGCGGUUAUGGAAGAACAUCAAGAAUAUGCAGUUGAAACAUUUGUUGUGUAUUGUUGAAAAAAACACAAAGAAAUUGAGUGUGAAAAGGGUAAUUUGAUCCUAAUAAAACAUAUAUUGUCUUUUGUAAGCACAGCAAUGUACCUUCUUUAUGCCCCCGAUCUUUCGAUAUUGUUUUUGGCCUGUCUGUCUGUCAUUCGUUGUGUGUGUCCCAAAACUUUAACCUUGGUUUUGGUUAAAGUUUUGCAAUAGCUUUUGCAUUAUUGAAGAUAGCAACUUGAUAUUUAGCAUGCAUGUGUAUCUCAUGGAGCUGCACAUUUUGAGUGGUGAAAGAUCAAGGUAAUACUUCAAGGUCAAAGGUCAAACAUAUGGCUUCAAAGCAGGGCAAUAGGUGGCAUUGUGUUUCUGACACACACAUCUCUUGUUUUAAUAAGCAAUGUAAAUGUUGCACAUUGUUUGUUAUAAGUAUUGAAAAUCAAAAUUGAACUUUAAAAAUUAAAGAUUUUGGUCUAUACAUGUUUUUGCAGCGUUGAUUGAGCUUUUUUCCAGUAUGUUAUACUUUGGGGUUUUGUCUUCUUUGUAUAACCAUUGUUACUCAAGUAUUGAAUCAUAGAUAGAAACACCUUAAGGUUUUAUCUUACUAAGCCUUUGUUGAUUAUUGUUACUUUGUUUGUCAUGUUAAUUGGCCAUGAUUCUUUAUUCAUGAAUCUUUAAUGUAGUCCUUGAUUUUUUGCUUUAUAUACAAGUGUAUUGUUUUUUCUAAUGCAUGUUAUGUUUUUGGUAUGCUUUGCUGUCCGUGCGUGUGUCUGUCCGUCCGUGCACAAUUUUUGUCAGGGCUAUUUCUCAGCAAUUAAUGACCAGAAUUCAAUUAAACUUUAUGGGAAGCUUCACUACCAAGAAGAGAUGUGCAUAUUAUCAGCUGGUUCUGGUCGAUGAUUUUACACAGAGUUAUGGCCCUUUGAAAUUCUCCAUGGUACAUAUAGUGCAAUUCUUGUCAGAGCUUUUUCUCAGAAACUUAUUAUGGGAAUUCAAUGAAACUUUAUGGGAAGCUUCACUACCAACAGAUGUGCAUAUUAUCAGCCGGUUAUGGUCGGAUGCUUUUUCACAGAGUUAUGGCCCUUUGAAAUUUUCUAUAAACUAUACAUAUAGUGCAAUUCUUGUCCGGGCUAUUUCUCCCCAACUACUGACUGGAAUAAUAUGAAGUUUUAUGGGAAGCUUAAUCACCUUGAGGAGAUGCGCAUGUUAUUAGUGGGUUCUGGUUAGAUGAUUUAUUUAGAGAGUUAUGGCCCUUUGAAAUUUUUAAGUUGCUAAACCAUCCAUUGAUUAUUUUGUCCAAAGUUAUGCCCCUCAAGACUUUUCCUUUUAUCUGAAUAUAUAGUGCAAUAUUGGGACACAAAAAACCUUUGGGGAGCAUCACCUGUCUCCGACAGUUUCUUGUUUCUCUUGCAAACAUGUUAUUGUGACUAAAACCUUUAUUUGACUUUAAUCAAGUUAUAACCCUUAUUUCUUGUUUGGUCAACCAACAGUAUUUGAAUGUUUGAUGGAUUUAAACACUUUAGGAAAAUAAAACACCCUUGUAUGCAAUUGAUAUAUUGUUUAGUAACAUAGAUUACUAAUGUAUCAGUGGGUGUUCAAUCUUGUCUUGAGUAGUUGUUACGGCCAGGGCAAAGUGGUUUAUCUAUACACAUUAAGUUAGGAAUGUACUUUUGUGUGCUGGUAAGUGCUAUUUUUCAUCAAGCAAAGUGCUAAAUAGGACUGUUUUCUUGAUUAUUAUUUUUCAAUGUAGAUGAAAACAGUUGUUGCAUCUUUAUUGUGUAUGGUACAUGUAUAACAAUUUAGUACAGUAACUAUGGCAUUAGUACAUUAUGUAUUACAAUUGUCACUGUCGAUGCUGUUUUACGCCUUGGUAAGUGUUCAUGUUCCUCACAUGAACGUUAGAUGUUCAAUUUUUGGUUUUAGUAUUUUGUUUCAAACAAAAAUAAUAAAAACAGAUUUUUUUGUCAUUAUCAGUGUUUCAAUCACAUCAUUUUAAGCUCAAACUCAAGAUUUGUCUUAUCAAAGAUUUUCCAUCAUUAUUUUAUUCAUUUGUCAGUAUAACACUAUUAUAUACAAUACUUUGACGAUAGUUGUUCCUUUCACAAAAGUUUGCAUUCUCUGGACAAUAUUGAAUAAAAAAAAGAUGUCAUACCUGGUUAACUUAUUUAAACAUCGCAUAAAUAUGCUUUACACAGCAGUACAAAGAAAAUGCAAGUAGAUGAACGAUUGUUUGAAAUGGUUUUGUUUUUUAUGUGAGAUCGGCUUCAAACUUAAAAAUAUUGUUUAUUUUUUGAUAACAUAGUUGAAUCUCAUAAUUGACUUCUGUCGUAAAACGUUUUUCUUAAUAUAUAUAUUUUUUUGUAGAAGGAAGGUUCAUACCUAGUAUAUGUAAUGAUUCAAUAUCAAAGACGAGUCCAAAAGAGAUUAUUAGCAUCAUUUACUAGGCUCUGAUUUUUCAAAAAUUCUUUUUUUUAUUCGGUUUUAGAAAAAGUCGCUUUUUUAUGGAGUCAUAUUACUGUAUUGAAGUGUCGGUUAAUGAAUUAAAAAAACAUAUAGUUAUGCUGUUUGUUUCACAUGUAGUUUUUGAGUUACACUUUUCAUGUAUAAAAAUAAAAAUAUUUGCAUCCACUUCUCUGAUGUCAAAUUUCUUUUAUAUUGGUAAGGCAUUUUUAUUGCUAAUAUAUUUUACACUUCUUCUUGUUGCGAUCUUAAUUUUCUCUUCUGAAGUGAAAACUCCAUGUUAUGUUUGCACAUUUAUAAAAUAAUGUUCAUUUCAGCAACAUACAUGUGUAGGUGUUUCCUAUAUAAUAAUGUUAAUAGAUAUGCUCACAAAAUAUGUAAAUACUUUAGGAGGGUGUUUUUUUUUCGAAUUUAAGGAAAUAACUUUUCCCAAAUGAGCUUUUUCAAAAUGGGCACAUGAUUUCAUGUUUUUUUAUGGUUUCAAAGACAUGUCUUCUGAGAUCAUUUGUUUUCUGUAAAACUGUCUUUAUUGAUGAUUGAUCACUCUGCAGUGCUCCAGAUAAGCUAUUUUACAUUGUGUAAAUGUGUGCAUACUUCUGUUACCUUGGGUGUUAUAGACUUCUGUUACCUUGGGUGUUAUAGACUUCUGUUACAUUGGGUGUUAUAGACUUCUGUUACCUUGGGUGUUAUAGACUUCUGUUACCUUGGGUGUCAUAGACUUCUGUUACCUUGGGUGUUAUAGACCUCUGUUACCUUGGGUGUUAUAGACUUCUGUUACCUUGGGUGUUAUAGACUUCUGUUACCUUGGGUGUUAUAGACUUCUGUUACCUUGGGUGUUAUAGACUUCUGUUACCUUGGGUGUUAUAGACUUCUGUUACCUUGGGUGUUAUAGACACAUCCUGAGAAUCUUUGAGUUACAUGUGCACAAUUUGUGGUGAUAAAUUACCACACUUAAACAGUGUUGAUUUUACAUGUACACUCAUCAACAUUUAAAGGGAUACAGGUAUACACUGUACAAAUGUUAUUAGGGUAACCAAUAUGUUUCUUAAAAGUUUUCCGCCAAUGUUUUGAGCUGGUACUGCUUAAAUGAUUACAAAAUGUAAUACAAUGGCAUUGAGUUUGUUUGUUUGUUGUUGUUUUUGUGCAAAGUGUUUUGCCAGUCGUCUUUUGUGCUUCUGUGUUGUUUAUGGAUUGGUAUACAUGUGUUCUUUGUGAAAGUUUUGUGCAUGUUUUGCUGAUCCCUAAAUUGUUCCCUUCAUAGUCAUUCCCUGUGUAAAUAAAGGUCAACUAUGUAAGGAACUGAUGAUGUAAUCAUUUCUAGAAAUGUGAGGUUUUAUUAAAUAUGUUAUGACAUAGCAUUGGACAACUUAGCAAUUAUUUUUGUAAAAGUGUGACUUAAAAAAUUUAAUUUUUACACUUUAAGAUUUUUAAACAUAUUAAUAUUAAUGUUAAUUAUAAUUGUAACAUUAUUGUUUUAAUUAUCAUAGUUUUAUUUGAUGCCAGAUAUAUGUAUUCUUCAUGUACAGUUCUAGUUUUCAAACAAUGUAGUGUGGUAACUUCUCUCCAAUAUACUCCUCCUCAGAUAAGUCUUAGUCACUAUUUCUUUUGUAUAUUCAUUAGAUAAUUGUCGUUAUACUCAUAGUAUUUUCAUAGCUCAUGUGCAGUGUACAUACACAAUAAAACGUGUGUACAGAGAUCUUUUUUCAGUAAACAGCAAGUUGUCUAGUUUGCCGUCCAUUUACAAAAUCUUUCUGGUAUACUGUUUUAUCCCCGCCAUAGGCGGAGGGCUAUUGUUUUGGCGUUGUCUGUUCGUCUUUCCGUCUGUCCGUCCGGCACUUUUGUGUCCGGAGCCAUAUCUUGGAAGUGCUUUGGCGGAUUUUAUUGAAACUUGGAAUGAGUAUAUAUAUGGAUAAGAGCAUGAUGCACGCCAAAUGGCAUUGUACACCAUUGGAUAAUAACGGAGUUAUGGCCCUUUGUAUCUUGAAAAAAUGCUUUUUAGUGUUUGUCCGGAGCCAUAUCUUGGAAGUGCUUUGACAGAUUUUAUUGAAACUUGGUAUGAGUAUAUAUAUGAAUAAGACGAUGAUGCACGCCAAAUGGCAUUGUACACCAUCAGAUAAAAACAGAGUUAUGGCCCUUUGUAUCUUGAAAAAAUGCUUUUUUUGUGUGUCCGAAGCCAUAUAUUAGAAGUGCUUUGACGGAUUUCAUUGAAACUUGGUAUGAGUAUACAUAUGGAUUAGAGGAUGAUGCACGUUGGCAUUGUCCAUGUGUCCAGAAGUAUAAUGGCUGGGGAUAUCAAUUCAACGAAUUUGCAUGUUUAAUUUGUUGUGGAGUGAGGUUGGACAAUUUUGGAAUGUGAAAUAACUCUUGUCUAAAUGGUCAGCUUAUAUGAAAAUUGUUAUGUGACAAAUAAACGACCAAUUUGAUUCUGCAAUUGAGUCUGACCAUUUACAACAUGUGGGCAAGUAUUUAUAAGACUCAUACAUAACGCACAAGAGGAAAUUGAAACCAGUUUAAAAAAAUUAUUUUUCAUGAAAUUUAGCGAUUAUGUGUAAUGAAUAAUGCACUAAACUAUGUGCGAGACUAAUGGUUUCUUCAGAAGUAUUACAAUUUUAUUUGAUACCAGAUGCAAGUACUUGAGCAGAAUUACGGCUGAACACCGUUCAUUCAAUGCAUUUGCAGUGUUUUCACCCUAAACUCACAAUUAUUUCUACAAUAGACCACUCACAAAGUGUCAAUUAAAUUAACUGAUCAUAUAAUUAUAUUGCCACAGCAUGGUCUGAAUGUGGUUGAUAAGAAAUGAGCUAGAUAUGAAAUGAGCUAUAAAUGUAAGUUUGCUAAUAGAGCGGAGCGACAGGUCUAAUGUAAUUUUUACCUUUUUAUCAAUGUUGCCACUGGCAUAUCAAAACAGCCGAGCUUUAUGCUAAAAACAAUUGCUUUGGAAACAAUUUAGAUUGGACAUGAAUUUGCUUAAAGUUGUCAUUUAUUGACCUUGUUUGGGAAUGUUUUAUAAUCAUUAAAUUGUACCUUGAUUGUGAAUAAACAAUUUUAUUUGAUGUUUAUGGAACAGUUACAUCAGAACAUUCUAUUUGCAAUGUCCCUAUGUUCUAAUUUAUAUAUAUUUUUAUUACCUGGUAUUUUUUCAGUCAUCCAAAACAAGCAUGUUGGCCAAACAAUUGUUAUAUGAUUAAUUUAUGUAAUGUGACUGUAAAAUUCUCACCUAUUGAACUGGGAAUCACAAGUCCAGUUCUGAGUUUUGAUCUUAUUGACUGAGACCUAAUCAGACCAUUUAUAGAUGCACACCAAGAAUUGUUAGCGUUAGAUUAGCACAGCUUUAAACAGAUUGAAAGAAAUCCAUGUUAUAAAACAUUUUUUAAGCAUUAAAAAAAUCUUUUUUCUUUCUUUUUUUUUCUUAGAAAAACCUUUUAAGAACCUUUAGAAAAAACUUUUAAGAACCUGUAGUUUAAUAGUUCACCUGUUUUUUUUGUUGAGAUUUACGUUGUUUGCUUAUGCUGUUAUUGGCCCUUACUUUUACAAAGGGACAGCUAAAACGGCCCUCACUAUUUUUGAAGGGACAGUUUCACAGGUUUUGACAGGGAGAUUAGUUUUCUGAGAUUGUAAAAAAAUAUCUUUGAAAGAAAUAUAUAUGUGUUGUUUGAUUUCCUGGAAUAUGCCACUUCCGUAACAUACUCAAGUAAAAUUUACAACAUGAAGCAUUCCAAAUAUUAUAUAAUGUAAAUACAAUAUACAGAAUGUGUAUGUUUCCCAACCAAACGCAGUAUUUCAUGCGUACAGUUUUGAUGGAUUGUACGAAUUCCCAUAAUCAAGAAUAUAUUUAUUGAAAUAUGAAACUGUCCUUUAAAAGGACUACUCUUAAGAACUAUGCAUUUAAACUUUCUAAUCUCAGGUUUGUACCCAACAUUGUGCAUUGUACGCAGUGAUGAAAAAACACGUAAUUCCAUUUUGGUAAUCUAGCUUUACAUAACAUAUACAACGUAUGUGUAAAACGUUCAACCUAUGGAAACCAGCUGAAAUCCGCUAAAUAUCCUAAUUUAAACAAAUAAAUAUAGUGAAGACAUUUUCAGAUGAUUAAUAAAACAAAUUUGCAAGAUUUAAGAUAAUAUCAAGAGCUUUUGUGUAGUUUGUAAAGUGUACAAAUAUAUAACGAUUUACCGACAUGUUAUAUGUAUGUGUCAUACUUUUACUCGCUGACCUUGUAUCACUGCCUGGAUGGCAGUAAGAAAAUUCCUAUUUCGGCCAAAAUUGCUAUAUAUAUAUAUAUAUUAUGGUGUUUUUUUUAUUACGUGGCACAAAGUGAAAUCAUCACUGGACGACACGUCUCGUGUCAUUUUGUUCUCCCUAUUCAGAGGUCAAAUCACCUUUUGAGGUAUAAGGCCAAACAUAUCAAGCUUUAAACUUGCCGUAUCGACCUGAAAUUUGUCAAUUGCUUAUGGAUUUUUCUAUAAAAUUGUACACAUGUAAACCAUUAUAUGACGAUAUGUGACAUGUAAUACCUUUAUGUAACUUCGUCAUUAACCAGACAUAAAAAAAACGCUACCAAUAAUGACCACCGUGGGGAUACAGCGUCGCAUGUGUUUUCCGUCUCUCAAACUCAAAAAUCAAGGUCAUACUUAGAGAAGAAAUUUGGCCAAACAUAGAUUGAUUCUGACAUAAGUGGAGUAUUGAAACAAAAGCAGAAUGUUGAGCAUCCUUGCCGCAUGCGCAUGUGUCUUGUUUGUCAUUCAUCAAUAGCGGAUUGUUGAUAAUCUGGUUGCAUAUCGUAGAACUGUGAUCAGUAUUUGUUUCUUUUAAAUAAGUUAAAAAGGCGGUGCUCAUUCUUGUUAAGUGUAUAAGUGCUGACAUGGUAUCAUUCUAAUUUGUUAAGAUGUUCAACUGUUUGUGUAUUGAUGUAUACAAACAGUGGUGUGCCAGAGUUUGUACUCAAAUAGGCGAGUUUGACAACGAGAACGGUUGGAGAAGUUUGUAUCUAUUGAUGAGCAUGUUCUAAACGUGAACGGCGCCAUUUAAUCAACUGAAUUGUUUAAUAAAUGUAUUCAUGUUUAGCUUGAAAAUAUUGAACAUCGUUCAUUCUGAUUGUGUUGUCUGAACAAUAUUAUAUCUGUGUUUAAUCAGUGCAAAUGCUCGUGCAUGAAUUCCUAUUAAAGUUUUUGGCAUAAACUAAUGCUAUGAGCGUCAGAAAUGUUUCUUCCCUUAUUGAAACCUUUUAAUCAAAUUUUACAUAGCAGGUUAUAUAAUUGAUUCGUAUUUUAAAUCAUUUUCAUAAGGUAACAGGUACUUAAUUAAUUAGCAUUGUUGUAAGAUCAACGGAUGAUAUUUUGCUAGACAAGUUGUGUUUUCUUUUAGGGUUCUGUCAGAUAUUUCCUUAACUUCGACUGAGGCGUUAGUUUCAACAAAUUUUAAGCAAAUUACCGAUAGUUCAUGAUGGAAGAUUUGUUCAGCACUUCUUACUAGUAUGAAUAAAUUCUCAUUUUAUGUUG